AUGGGGGUACAUAUAUUUGAUAGCGCUCACGACGAUCUAAUUCAUGAUGUUGCCUACGAUUUUUACGGUAAACGUCUAGCAACGUGCUCUUCGGACCAAAAAGUUAAAGUAUGGGAGUACAACCAAGACAAUAAAUGGGAACUCGUUGACAGUUGGAAGGCACAUGAUUCUUCUGUUUUGAAAGUCUCGUGGGCGCACCCAGAAUUUGGUCAAGUGUUAGCCACCUGUUCUUUCGAUCGUACCAUACAUAUAUGGGAAGAACAAGAACAUGAGGCAAGGAAUAGUGGAAAACGAUGGAUAAAUAAGGCGACCUUAAGAGAUAGCACCAGUUCUGUGCAGGACAUUGAAUUCGCCCCUAAUUUUUGGGGGUUGAAGCUUGCCUCUUGUACCGCCGAUGGAACACUUCGAAUAUACGAGGCACUCGAAGUAAAUAAUUUAACACAAUGGAACGGAACAGAAGAAAUAUCAAUCACAGGACACACCACAAAAGAAUCAGAUGGAAACUAUUGCCUAUC